AUGCAGCACUACAACGGUAACAAGACCGGGGAAAUUCCGGGCGUCAUCACCAGCCUCUGGGCCGAGGGCGGCGUUCUCUUCAACCUCAUGAUCCAGUACUGGUACUUCACCCGUGACGCCUCCAACAACGCCGCCGUCAGCCAGGGCAUGUACUGGCAGAUUGGCGACAACGACUACAUGCCGUCGAACUGGAGCUCGCAGAUAAGCAAUGACGACCAGAUGGCCUGGGGUCUUGCCGCGAUGACCGCCGCAGAGCUGGACUACCGCCAGGACGUCAAUCAGACGUCGUGGUUGACUCUUGCUGAAGGGGUGUUCAACACCCAGGUCGCGCGAUGGGACACCGGCAACUGCGGAGGCGGACUACGCUGGCAGAUCUGGCCCUUUAAGUCCGGAUACACCCAGAAGAAUGCCAUCAGCAACGGUGGUCCCUUCCAGCUCUCUGCGCGGCUGGCCCGGUACACCCAUAACCAGACUAUCGCAGACAGCACCGACGUGGACAAUGGCUGUACCACACAGGGAAACAACCAGUGGACGGCCAAUUACGGGCCGUACAUCAGCGGUGCAGCCUACAUGUACAACUUCACCAACGGUCAAACCAGCGAAUGGAAGUCCGGUCUCGACGGCCUGCUCAACGUCUCGCUGGAGACAUUCUUCCCUGAGAAGUAUGGCGGCCUGAUUCUGUCGGAAAUCCUUCGUGAGCCCACAGAGAAUUGCAACUCGCUCGAAGACACGUACAAGGGAACCUUCGUGUCGGAUUUGACGCUCGCAAGCCUCGUGGCUCCGUACAUCUCGUCAAAGGUGUCUUCGCGUCUGCAGGCGUCGGCUGUCGGAGCGGCGAAGCAAUGCACGGGUGGGAACAACCAGACGCUCUACGGUCGUCGCUGGUACUCGGGCGAAUGGGAUGGGACGGGUGGGAGAGAGGAGCAGCUCAGUGCGACCAGCAUCUUUUUCUCGAAUCUGGCCGGCUUCACUGAGAAAAGCGUGGCUACUGCUGCCGCGGCUGCCAAUCAGACUACUGGGUCUAAUGGCACGAAUGGGACCUCCGCAAACGGCACUAGUGUCCCUGUUGCCUUGAACGGUGCUGGAAAUUUGUCCCAAGGACAAGUCGGUGUUGUUACUGCUGGCGUUCUGGGAGGCUUGGUAUCUACUUUCGUACUUUGA